AUGACACCUUUAUCUAUUCUGUCUGAGUCCAUGUUUAAGGGCCUGUGUAAUAUUAUUGGCAGUGAUACGGAGGUACGAACAAGGCGAAUUGCUAUGGAUAUAGAAGAAAUAACAAUUCCUGGGUGCAUAAGAAACCCUUCCUUUGGCGAAGAGUCUUUCUACUGGUCUUUAAAUGGAAGCAGGAGAGAUGGUUUUCGUCUGCCAGGAUCUGACAUUGAUAUCAUGUUUUGGCAUGAAUUUGUAGUAGUGCUUCCAGAAAACGGAUCGAUAGAGCACUAUCUUCCUGCUCAAAAUUUGCCAGAAAAACUCUUCUUGAAAUGUGUACCAAGUCAGCCAGGAUUUGUUUAUUUGAAAACAGCAUAUAGUUCUUUUUAUAAAGACUUUAUAAUAGACUGUGACAUGCUAUCUCUAUUUGUGAAUAUGAUAAAUAAACUUGGCAUCUUACCCCAAGGCACGUCUUCUGACGGAAAUAAUAUCUAUGUCCACCAUUCAGCACUUUUCCAAGGGAUAAAUGAGCAUGUAGCAAGAAUAUUCAUGCGUUAUCAUGGACCAUGCAUGACGUUUUCUCACGUUGGAACAGAAAUAUAUUUCGCAUCCUCUUUGAGGGGCAAUUUUUGGCCUCCAACAGCCACAGAAUGGAUCACUAGAUCUACUAUUUGGCCUCAGGAGGACACCAUUCAAAUAAUUGUCAAUGAAGGUUGCCAUUUUGUAGCAAUAGGAAGCAAACAAUCCGCAAAUGCCAGUCGCGAGUGGAGAAUAUCAUUUUCAAAGGCAGAAAAUAUCUUGGUAAAAUCUUUCAACCAUUGUCAAUUUCUGACAUACGGCUUAUUAAAGAUGUUUUUCAAGGAGGUUGUAACUGAAGAUGGUGAACCCUCUAUCUGCUCGUAUUUUGUCAAAACUGUGGUUUUAUGGCAAAUACAAGAAAACCCUAUAGACAAGACAAAUCGACCAAAGGCGCUUCGUGGAAAUGUCAACAGCAAGAAUAGUUGCUACUGGCUUAAAGAAUAUCUUUCAGCAAAUGGAACUUUCGUGCAGUUGAGGAAAAUGGCAUCAUUAUCCAUUCUUUCUGGAUCCGUGUUAAAGGGCCUGUGUAAUAUUAUUGGCAAUGACAGGGAGGUACGAACAAGACGAAUUGCCAUGGAUAUUGAAGAAAUAACAACAGUUCCUGGGUGUGUAAGAGACCCUUUCUUUGGCGAAACGUCUUUUCACUGGUCUUUAAAUGGGAGCAGGAAAGAUGGUUUUCGUUUGCCAGGAUCUGAAAUUGAUGUUAUGUUUCGGAAUGAUAAUAUGGUAGUGCUUCCAGAAAAUGGGCCAAGGGAGCAUUAUCUUCCUGCUCAAACAAUUGCUUGA